AUGGAGGCCUUUACUUUUGCGGUCUCCACUCAGGUAGACUUUCCCAUCUCUAUCAAAAUCGGUUCAUUAGAAGGGAAGCAGAGGGAAAUCCCGUUUUCCGUGCUUUUGAAACGACCGGACUUGCGACACCUAGGUUCUGUGCAGAAUCCUGUAUCUGAUCUCUACGUGACGGUGCAACUGUGGUCGGAAUCCAAACCUUUGGGAGUACCUCUACAGACCUCAUACAAGAACUUCAAGACAUCUAGGACAUGGGGUGAGUGGCUGCAGAUGCCACUGCCCUUGAAAGAUGCUCCUCUAAGAUGCCAGCUUGCGAUCACUAUUUGGGAUUUGUCACCGUUUGGCGGCGAAGGGGCGCAGGGCCACAAUGUCCCGUUUGGCGGAACGACCAUACCGUUAUUUGACGAAGAUGGCAAAUUAAAGAUGGGUAGACAAAAAUGCAAGGUUUAUCGACACAAAGCUGCGGAUGGCCUCUCCUCAACUACGACACCAUCGACCCCACCUCCCAAACGACGCCGACCAAACGUCGCCGAUCCGUUAGGCCCUUCGUACGAAGAGAUGGAACUGGAGCGAGUGGAGGUGUUGAUCAAAAAACAUGAGAUGGGAGAAAUCCCGCGAAUUGACUGGAUGGAUCAGAUGGUUUUCCGUCAGCUGGAAAAGCUCAAGCUCAGUGCUGAAGAAGCUGCAAGGAAGCGAGCUGUCCGACUCAAAUCAAUCAAACAAAAAGCCCCGAAAGAGGACAAGGCCGAUGAAGACGGCUCGGACGAGGAAGAUAUCGACGAUGAAAAUUUUAUACUUUAUGUCGAACUCCCUCGUUUCGAUCAUCCCAUUGUCUGGUCAGACCAUGAAUACGCACCACCCCCUAUUUUAUCUUACACCCAAAAUUCCGCUGCAAAUGCAAAUCCCGCAUUGAAACCUAUCCCUGAGGUUCGGUUCGGACCGGAUAUAGCAGGUGCGGAUGGUGAUGGCGUGAUACGCAUCUACGAUCCUGAAGUCGGUCAAACAGGCAACCCAUGCGAGGACAAGCACAGGAGGCUGAUUCGUAGCCAUCGCACCGGCUUUAUGGACAGAGACCUAAAGCCAAACCCAAAGAUUCGGGAUGAGCUUAACGUAAUAUUGUCGUACGAACCUACGCAGGAUCUCACCGCCGAGGAGAAGGAUCUUGUUUGGCGAUUUAGGUAUUAUUUGACGCGUGAAAAGAGGGCACUCACAAAAUUUGUCAAGUCAGUGAAUUGGCGAGAUAAGGGUGAAGCGCAUCAAGCAGUGGAGAUACUACCAAAAUGGACAGAGAUCGACGUUGACGAUGCUCUGGAACUUCUCGGCCCAACGUUUGAUAACCCUGCAGUUCGCUCUUAUGCAGUUGAAAGGCUCCGAAAAGCCGAUGACGAAGAACUUCUUCUCUACCUCUUGCAGCUGGUACAGGCGCUCAAAUAUGAAGAUAAUGAUGAUGGCAGUACGGAAGAUUCUACUCACGAUUCUUCCCUGGCCAAUUUCCUAAUCACCCGGGCCGCCAACAACUUCAAGCUUGGCAACUAUUUGCACUGGUACCUGAUGGUUGAAUGCGACGAUACAGGUCCGGGCACAUUGUCGGCACAACGUAGAGUUUUUGCACGUGUAGAGUUUUAUUUCAUGAGCGAGUUGGAGCAAAUCCACCCCGAGCACAGAAAGACACUCUUGCGUCAAGGUGAACUGGUCAUUGUGCUCACGAAAAUCGCCAAGGACAUCCGUUUGUCCCGAGAAAAUCGAUCCCUAAAGAUCGAGAAGCUGAAAAAGACCUUGAAAGAUCCUAAAAACGACCUUGUGCAUAUUGACCCACCGUUGCCUCUACCUCUGGACCCAGAGAUACUCAUUACUGGCUGCUAUCCAGAAGAAUCAAAUGUGUUCAAGUCCACCCUAUCACCUUUGCACAUUACUUUCAAAACUUCGGAAGGGCGAAAAUAUCCAAUUCUGUUCAAAGUAGGCGAUGACCUUCGUCAGGAUCAGCUUGUCAUCCAGACCAUUAUUCUGAUGGACCGUCUCCUGCAGAAGGAGAACCUGGAUCUUAAGCUAACCCCAUACCGCAUUCUUGCGACCAACGCUACAGCAGGUGCGGUGCAGUUCAUCCCCUCGACCCCCCUUUCUGCAGUCUCGGCGAAGUAUAAGUCGGUCCUUGCGUACCUUAGAGCAAACAACCCCGACGAGAGCGAACCGCUCGGAGUCCGCAAAGAGACUAUGGACACGUACAUUAAGUCCUGCGCCGGAUAUUGUGUAAUUACAUAUCUCCUCGGCGUGGGAGACAGACAUCUGGAGAAUCUGCUUCUUGCCCCGGAUGGCCAUUUCUUCCAUGCGGAUUUUGGCUUCAUCCUAGGCCGGGACCCCAAGCCAUUUGCUCCCAUGAUGAAGCUCUGCAAAGAGAUGGUCGAGGGCAUGGGCGGAACGACCUCGCCCCAUUAUCUCCAAUUCAAGCAAUACUGUUUCACGGCAUACACUACGUUGCGUAAAUCUGCCAAUCUUAUUCUGAACCUCUUCAGUCUGAUGGUUGAUGCUAACAUCCCGGAUAUUCGCGUUGAGCCGGACAAGGCAGUUCUAAAAGUCAAGGAGAGGUUCAAUCUUCAGAUGACGGAAGAAGAGGCCAUUCGUCAUUUUGAACAGCUCAUCGGCGAUAGUGUGAAUGCCAUAUUCGGCGUGGUCAUUGAUUACCUGCAUAAAUUCGUACAGGAUUGGCGGACAUGA